AUGGUGGAACAUUCUAAUGCUGACGCCAGCAGGGAACUGGUUACCGUUUGCAUAGGUGGUAAAAAUUACGUUGUUAACGCAUGCUUGAGGGAAAAUCUCGUUGAAGGCAUACAUUCUUCCCUAUCGAAGGGUAGGUAUCCAACGGAAGGAUACAGGCGGCUUGAUGCGCAACGCCAGCACGAGAUCGUAAAUCUUCUCUUUACCCCCGUUGAACAAGAAAUUGUCAUUCAAAAGAAGAACCUUUGUGGAGAUUUCUCCGUUGAGAAGUGUAAAGAGCCCAAGAAUAGAACGGAUGCAAGGCCAACCCAGGGUGAAAAAAGGAAUGAUGAACCACUGGAUUAUGAUGGUACUCUAUCGAUGAAGUCAGCUAAAGAGCUAAAAAUAGAUCGGGCACCGUUUCAGUGUCCAAUUUCCACCUGUGGUGAUUUUGUAUGCGCUGCUUUUUUUUCGUCACAUUUGAAGGUGGAACACAGCGGAAAACUGAUGGAAGGAAUCGUUCCCGGUCAGCCACAUCACAUCCUAGUCGAUCCUAAGCUGAACAUAACUGGGAAAAGGCACUGCAAUAUAGUUUACUACAUGGUGACUAAACUUAGAGAUUUUGGUAUCAGUGAGUUCAAGAACACCGUUCCCGUCCUUCUAAUGUCCUCAAAGUUCAGAUUCACUGAAAUGGAAGUGGGCCCCCAAAGCCACUUAAGUCGACCGGUAUCAGCUGCCCAGCACCAUUAUAUAUUCUGGAUCACUGGAAUCUCAUCCGAGAGCUUUAAAAUUCAGUACUCGCUUGAUAUCGGCUCCAAUCAGCGGCAAAGUGGGUGGAUCCUUCCGCUUGGCCUUAGUCAUGACCUUCAUAGUGUGUACCAAUCAGGUACCGGAAUGAUCAUUUCUCAGUCCCGCGUAGAUCAGCUGACCAGCCGAAAUGACAAGCUACUAGAGAUGCGAUUAGUGUUGAGUUAG